AUGUCAAUCUGUAAUUGGAAUGAAAAUGGCGAAGAAUUACGACUUAUUGGUUCGGAUGAUAUAAAUGAGAACUGUUGCCACCGUCGCGCAGUGAGCAGCGGUGAGCCAUCGUUAGAUGGAUCUGUUGACGAAGAACGUGCCGCGUUGAGUGAUUCUGAUCUUGUCGGUGUUGCACGAAUACAGACUUUGGCAACAAAGGCAAAAGGCCCAUCCAGUGAUGCCCUCGAAACAGAAUGUCGCACGGAGCAAUCACUCUCUAGUGUUCAUUGCUCUGUAUCUAUGGAAGAAUGGAAUGAUAUUUUGGGUAGUGGACAGUUAUUUUGUAAGGUGUUGAAAGUUGGAAAAGGACCAAAAGCCCGAAAUGGUCAAAAGGUGACAGUUAAAGUUGUAGAUACGAGGUUUGGAAUAGAUAAUGUCAGUGAAAAAACAUUUGUUCUCGGUUUUAGCAUGGUUAUAGAUGCAUGGGAAAUGGUACUACAGCUGAUGCAUGAAGGCGAAAUUGACGCUAUAAAAAGUGAGCAUCGUUUUGCAUAUGGUAGCGUAGGUGAUCCAGAACGUAAUAUUCCACCGUAUCAAACGAUGGAAUAUGAAAUUGAACUGGUUUGCAUUACCGAUGGACCACUGUAUACAACGCUGCGGACGAAUGAGCUGGUGAAACAUAUCACUGAAUUAAAAGAAAGGGGCAAUUAUUUCUAUAAUAGAAAGGAAUUGGAAAAAGCAAUAUAUGUUUAUAAGAGAAGUACUGAAUUGAUUGAUAGAUCCCCAGAAGAUGAAACAUUGCGAAAUUUGCUGUCUGUGAUUUACUCCAAUUUGUCUGUUUGUUAUGCAAAGCUUUGCGACUGGAAGUUAACUUUGGAUGCUUCUAGUGAUGCUUUGAAUUUAAAUUCAAGCAAUACGAAGGCAUUGUUCAGGCGAGCAAAUGCCUAUGCAAAUUUGAAUUUCAUCGAAGAAGCAAUCGAUACUUUGAAUAUCGCACAUCAAAUCGACCCCAGCGACGAACUUAUUCUAAAAGAACUGCGCCGUCAGAAAGCGCGUUUGAAGCUGUGUCGUGAACAAGAACGUUCACUGUACAAACGAAUGUUAGCUGGAACACAAAGUGAUAAUGGACGAAUGCAUUUCAUUCGUUGGCUAAGGUAUUCACUGCUUGCAUUCUUUAUUGUUGUAUUUGCCUUAUUCAUUCAUUUUCUUCGCAUUGUUAUGGACUGGUAG